AUGGAAUCUGAGAACAAGAAUCUAAGAGCUGCCGCAAGAACGCUACAAGAAGACCUUGAUAAGAGCAACAGAGAAAAGCGAGAAUUCUCAAAAGUUAAAAAACGUAGAGAAAAUGUAUCCAUAACACCAGAUACAACUAUAUCAUAUGAGUCAAAGAACCAGUUCGAAGUUCUCAGCGUUAGUGACCACGAAGAAGAAGUAAACAAAUCUGCAUCAGAUCUGGAUCAAUCAGAGUCUAGACAACAUAAAGACCCGGUACGAGACACAACUACAAUAUCUAAGGAUGGAAAAACCUCUAUUCAUGAAAGUGGAAAAUUUAAAGAUGGCAAAUUUAAACCUAACAUCUUGCUAAUUGGUGAUUCAAUGAUUAAAGAUAUAAAUCUACACAAACUUUCAAAAAGCUCAGUUCGUAAGUUAACAUAUCCAGGUAAAAGAGCAGAGGAAAUUGCAAACGAGUUUCAAUCGGCCCAUGUCCACUCUCCUCCCACAGAAGUAAUUAUACACGCUGGUACUAACAACAUAAUCACCGACUCUAGCAAAGAAUGCUUCGAUAAUAUUCAGCUUCUAAGUUCCAGAAUAAAGAGCACGUUUAAGGAAGCUAGAAUCGCGAUAUCCAGCCUUAUAACGAGAGAGGAUAUUGAUGUAACAUUAAAGACACAAAAAACGAAUGAGUUAUUAAAGGAUCUAUGCUCAAAAGAGGGCUAUACCUAUAUUGAAAAUGGGAACAUAGAUGCGACUUGCCUGAAUGGGUCCAAGCUACAGGUACAUCUUAAUGCGAAAGGUUCGGCUCUACUGGCUGUUCACUUCAAUAAAUUUAUUAGAGGAACUAGCUCACGAUCAAGUGAUGGGGGUUUUCCGAAGGAACUUCGACAACUGGGAGAGCUGUUAAGUUUGAUCAUGCCCCAGACGUCAAAGAAGUGA